CACUACGAUUCUAACCUCAUCUAACCUAUAAUUCACACAGCAUGACACGGUGCACAGUGUGUCAAACGUGGACCUUCCUAAAAGAAAUAGGCAAAUUGAUAUAAGUAGUAGUACAUUUUGUUUUGCGUCGUGUGAAAAUUAACGAUUACGCUGCUAGUUCCUAUGUAUGUAAAUGGAUAAAAGAAAGAUACAAAGAAAAUAAGAAUUUCCUCCUAAAUGGAAAAAUAAAAUAAAAGUGUCAAAAAACCUAAAACACAUAUUUGAUGGCACGGUAUUUAUACUUAAUAAAAAAAGUGCGUCAAAUUGUAUAAAGGUCUUGUUCAAGAGUCUUUUGCGUCAGAUAAUCUGAAAGCAGGAUUGAAGGCCCUUCAUUUUACAGCCAGUUGGAGUAACCAAAAAAACUACAUCAAACAGUUCUAAUAAGGUUGACAAUAUUCCCACAGGAGCAAAAAAACCGAAAAAAGACCUGAUGACAUAUAAAUAAAAAAAUCUGGAUGUAACACUUCUCCAGCAUCUUCGAAAGCAAAUGGAGUAUGCACCAAAUAUAAAUCGAGAUAACUCAAUUGCAAGUUAGAAAGUGAUCUCUUGAGCCACUUUUCUAUGUCUCCAGGUCGGUUACCACUCGCAGGAGGGAUUGUAAAAGUGGCCGUUUUGUGCCCCGAUGGGAAACCUAUGAAACAUUUUUUUCCACCUUAUUUGAGGUUGAAAUAAGAAGGAAAUAAUGGUCAUUUACCCAGGAAACCACGGGAAAUAUUUUAAAAUCUAUAAUAAAUGUGUUUAAAACGUCUGUUAAAAUAACUGUGUUUGAGCGGUUUAAUAAAAGAUAAUAAUUGACUGCAUCUAUAAAUGUAUAUUUGCAUAAAUUGUGGAGCUGAAUGCAAAGAGCUUUUUAGGAGAUACUGCCCCAGUGUCCUUAAAAUUUUAAAAUGUGAGAAAUGUGGAUUAUUAGCUGACAAAUAUAUCGAAUAUGAUCCUGUUAUAGUUUUUGUAGACUUGAUUCUGAUAGAAAAAUCAGCUUACAGACAUCUUUUGUAUAACAGUAAUUUUAAAUCAUAUUGGAAGCUAGGUAUAAUAUUAUGGCUAACCGAAUCGUUCAGGGCUUGGUCUUUCUGUGACAUAAACGAGACAGAAUUACCUGCAUCAGAAGUGGAUUUAGUUCGUGAUGAUGCAUUACAAGAUCAUUGCAAUUUUUACAAUUUGCUGAUACACACAGCGCUCGCCUUUGCAGCAUUUAUUUGUACAGUUAUUAUAGUGACUGAAUUAAAAUGGUUUAUCAUUGGUAAAAAACCAUACAAAUAUAGCAUAAAAGAUUUAAGUCGCGCUCUAAUUGUCGGAGGCUGUGGUAAAUUAUUGGGAUUUCUGGGAAUAGUGUGGCGGCACAUAGCCUCGGGUCCGUAUUACCUUCUUAUUCAAGGUUACACCGUUUUAUGUCUCUUAACUGCAUACUCAGUUGUCUGCAAGAGUGGAAGGGGAGGAUCUUUAAUUGGAUUAAUUGCUGGAUUUUUACUGUAUGGCUACAUAUGUACUUCCAUUUCUAGAUUGCACCUAAAUAUUCCCAAUAUCACACUAACAUGA